AUGAAGCACCUAAUUGUGGCUACUCCUUUGAAUUUUAUAUUCAUUAUUUUCUCUCUGGGUAUAUCAUUCCCAUUUUCAUCUUCAACACUUCAUAACGCAUUACAUGAAGGCUCAUCUCUUUCUGUUGAAAAGCCAGACAACAUUUUGCAUUCAUCUAACGGCAUUUUCUCUGCUGGGUUUUACCCAGUUGGAGAAAAUGCAUAUUCUUUUGCCAUAUGGUUUACUCAACCCUCUUGCAUUAACACUUGCACUGUUGUUUGGAUGGCAAACAGAGACAUACCCGUUAAUGGAGAAAGAUCAAAGCUUUCUUUACAAAAAACUGCCAAUCUAAUCUUAACUGAUGCUGGCAUUUUCUCUGCUGGGUUUUACCCAGUUGGAGAAAAUGCAUAUUCUUUUGCCAUAUGGUUUACUCAACCCUCUUGCAUUAACACUUGCACUGUUGUUUGGAUGGCAAACAGAGACAUACCCGUUAAUGGAGAAAGAUCAAAGCUUUCUUUACAAAAAACUGCCAAUCUAAUCUUAACUGAUGCUGGUAACUCCAUUAUUUGGUCUUCUGACACUUUCUCCCUCUCUCCUUCAUCUUUAAACCUGUAUGAUAAUGGAAAUCUUGUUCUUAUUACUACAAAAGAACGAGUAAUUCUAUGGCAAAGCUUUGAUUCCCCUACUGAAACUCUUCUUCCUUUACAACCAUUUACUAGAAACUCAGUUCUUGUUUCUUCAAGAAGCUCAACAAACUUUUCUUCUGGCUUUUAUAAGUUAUCUUUUGACAAUGAUAAUAUCCUUCGCCUUGUUUAUGAUGGUCCAGAAGUUUCAAGUGCUUUCUGGCCAAGCCCAUGGCUGCUUAGCCGCGAAGCAGGGAGAUCUUCAUAUAAUAGUAGUAGAUUUGCUUCGCUUGAUUUGUCUGGAAAAUUUACUUCAUCUGAUAAUUUCAGCUUUCUCUCUUCUGAUUAUGGAGUGCAAAAUAUUCAUGGCUGUGAAUCGGAAAUUGAUGAUUCUUGUGGUGCGAGUAAUGCUUCUUUCCUUAAAUUUGCUCGUGUAGAAAUGUAUGGUUAUGAUCUUGGUUACUUCGAAAAUCAUACAUACGAUAUGUGUAAGGAAAUAUGCUUAAAAAGAUGUGAUUGCAAAGGUUUUGUAUUUAAGUAUAUUUUCCAAAACCGUCCUGACAAUGUUCCUUACUGUUUUCCCAAGACACAGUUAUUAAACGGAUAUCGUUCGCCAAAUUUUCGAGGAAAUUUUUACUUGAAAGUACCCGAAACCAUGAGAUCCCAUGACUUGUCACUUAAAGAACGAAGUCUUGAAUGUUCUAUUGGAGCUGUUGAGAAUCUUGAAAGAAGAACCUUCAGCAAAAGAAAGAUUCAAACAAUUUCUCAAGAUAUUUCUGCUUGCCUACUGGUUUUAGAAGAUUCACUUUACACUGAGGUUAAAGAAAGCAACAAGAAAUUUCAAUUGAAAGAAAUCGGGAAAAGGAGCUACUUGGAAUUGUUGAUAAAGGAAUAUUAG